AUGCAGGCUAUUGUUUUGUUUAUUAGUAUUUGUCUGAGUCUGAGGUCUGCUCUUGUUGAGAAAAUGUUUUAUUUUGUUAGCGACUGAAGAUAUUUAAUAGCUCUUAAGUUUAACCUAUAAUAGGCCUAGUAUAUUAAUUAGUAAUAUAUCCUUAAUUAUAUUUUUCGUAAUAUUUUUGUUUUAUCAAUGAAUGAAUAAGUUACUAGCUUUCAUGUUGUCAGUAUACACGUACUAGAGUAAACACUUAAUGGAAGCUACCGUUACCUGAACAGCGCUGUUGCAGUGUAGCGUCAGCAGCCCGAAUUACUCCACCUCGGGCAUGUCGGUAUUGGCACAAUGGCAAAAGAACACCAUCAUGACGUAGAACAUAAUGAUAGCCUUUAUGGAGAUGAUUUUCAACAAGGUGUAGACAUAAAGGAGCAAGAUAAGAAGAUUCUGAGUAAGUUCUUCUCCUCGCAAGCCUUGAUCUACGACCCACUAAAGGCUGGGAGUAUUGAUGGUACAGAUGUAGUCGCACAUGACAGGGCUGUGUCUAGAGCGUUGGCCUCCAAUUAUCAUCCUCCGCCUACCACUAACAACCCACAGAACACUGUAUUUGUAGCAAGACUCAACAGAAAAACUACAGAGCAGAAACUGUUAAAGGUGUUUUCAGAGUUUGGGAAGGUGAAAAGUUGUAAGCUAAUUAGGUGCUUGGUCACUGGAGAGUCAAAGAGAUAUGCGUUUGUGGAAUACGAGGAGCGAGGCGGAGCGAUGGCUGCGUACCGACGAGGCCACAAAAUGAGGCUAGACGAUGCCAUGUUGGUGGUGGACUUUGAGUGUGAACACCUCCUGCCCUUCUGGGUACCCAGGCGACUUGGAGGAGGGUUAGGUGGUAAGAAGGAAUCUGGACAGCUUCGCUUUGGCAGCAGAGACAGGCCAUACCGUAAACCGAUUCCACUUAUGACACAUUCCUCCCGCAUGGACGUCAAUGUAAAUUUGUCAUAAAGAAUAUUAUAUUUAUUUGAGA